CUCACUCCUUUCGGUUUGUGUUAACGAAUUUCCCGCGCCUCGUCUUCACUUUUCCCGCUCAGUAAACCCUAAUCCAAUAUGGGUCAGAAGCAGCAAUUCUCCGCUGAUCCACGCCCUGACACUAAGAAAAAACGUCGCGUUGCCUUCUCCAACAUCGAUACUGGUAUUUCAGCCAAAGAUUGCAUCAAAAUCUAUCUAGUUUGUACAAAAGAGGAAGUGGGAAGUACAGACAGUCUUUGUAUUGACCCUGUUGACUUGAACAGCUUCUUUGACGAUGAGGAUGGAAAGAUAUAUGGUUACCAAGGUUUGAAGAUAACUGUAUGGUUCAGCAUUGUCUCAUUUCAUGCCUAUGCAGAUAUUGUUUUUGACAGUACGUCUGAUGGCGGGAAGGGUAUUACAGAUUUGAAGUCUGCACUUCAGAAUAUAUUUGCUGAGACUCUUGUGGACAACAAAGAUGACUUCCUUCAAACUUUUUCGAAGGAUGUCAAUUUUAUUGGAUCCCUUGUCGCAGAUGGAGAAGUAUUGCAUCCCAAAGCUUCCUCCAAUGGAAAAUCUAAUGAUUCUAAUUUUCAUUUACAAGCAGCUAAUUCUGAUUUGGAGGUCAUUCGAUUGCCUAUGGACAAUAUGGCUGGAAGAAACCUUUAUAGUCACUUGGUACCUCUUGCUCUACUUCUUAUUGAUGGCAGCAGCCCUAUCGAUGUUACUGAUCCAAGAUGGGAGUUGUAUGUCCUCACUCAGAAGAACAAUGAUCAACUGGGGCAAACUUAUCCCACAUUACUUGGAUUUGCUGCCCUUUAUCGUUUCUACCACUAUCCCGAUAGUUCUCGCUUGCGUCUUAGUCAGAUACUUGUACUUCCGCCUUACCAGCGUAAGGGUUUUGGGCGCUUCCUUUUAGAGGUGCUGAAUAAUGUUGCAAUAUCAGAAAAUGUUUAUGACUUUACCAUUGAAGAGCCUUUAAGUCAGCUACUGCAGUUGCGGACUUGCAUCGAUGUUAAACGUCUGCGGGGAUUUGGCCCCAUCCAAGAAGCUGUAGAAUCCGCCGUGUCUCAAUUUAAAUUAGGAAGACUAUCAAAGAAGGUCUCGUUCCCUCCGCUUUUACCCCCAUCUGAGGCUAUCGAAGCUGUUCGGAAAAGUUUGAAAAUCACAAAGGAACAGUUCUUACACUGUUGGGAGAUACUUGUCUUUUUAGGUAUCGAACCUGACAAGCACAUGGAGGAUUUUAUUCUUGCAGUUUCAAGUAGAAUGCGGGAUGAUCUGAUAGGCGAAAGCUCAGAUGCCGAAGGAAAGCAAGUGGUUGAUGUUCCUACUGAUUAUGAUCAAGAGAUGUCAUUUGUGAUGUUCAGAUCAACGAAUAAUGCAACCGGGGUUGAGACAGAUGAAUCACGAGCAAAUCAAGAGGAACAGCUGAAAAAGUUAGUAGAUGAUAGAUUGAGUGAGAUCAAAUUGAUUGCACAGAAGGUAUCUGCAGAUUAAGUCCCAAGCAUUCUGAGGCUUCUUCGAGCCAACUUUUUUCACGAAAAUCUGUUCUUAAUUUAAGGAGUGGCAAGCUUACUUGUAAUUGGUCCCUGGAAAUGAACAGAUUACCAUGAUUUUUCUUGAAUCUAGGGAAGUCUGUUAUAACUCUCUGAGUUCGACUACCUUAAAUCCUGCUGACUUAAAAAGUAUCACAAUUCCUUGUACCAUAUAAGUGAGUGUAUUCGCCCACCCCUGAGAGAAGUAGUCUGUAUUAGGAUAUAUAUGUUUUUUCUUCUUGUUGGGUAUUUGCUUCAACUGGAUUUUUCUUAAUAGAUACACCCAUUUUGCCCCAA